UCUAGAUACUUGGAUGGUAAUCGCAUGAUGAGAUGAUGGUGUGGCAAGCGUGGGUGGUAUCUUGAUCUGUGUGUGUGUGUGUGGGCGGAUGGGCGGUCGUAAAUUGUAUGGACACCGCUCUGCAUUCUGAGACUACAAAUUGAUUUGCUUGGGCGUGGGCGUACAAAGUACUGGGUUUUGAUGUCUGUCACUAGGUGUCGUCCUGAUGCAUUGUAUUUAAUCCCUGGGAGGACUCACGGAUAAGUGUUCUAUAGUGGAAGUACGCGAAGAGAACGAGCUUUGACUGAAAUCGCGAAUGUGUACUCACGGAACUAUGUUGGACGUGAACGUGUUGCGAGAACAAGUCACUGUCUGCCAGAAAGGCACACACCCUCCACUCGCUUUUGUUAACAUGCGUUGCGUGACGAUGUGUUAUCCGCGUCAGUCGCCAUGUUCACGACAAACACUGUGUAGGUCCUUACAGUGGAGUGGUCACAGGGCAGCCGUGCGAAAUCAAUUAUUCCGAUAGGUUUCUCGGAAUGCCGUUGACAAUCCCUACUGAAAUGAACACCCUUACUGAAUUGAACACCCUCGCUGCAUUUGUACUCGCCGAUGCUCCAUGUUUCUGUGUAGGCGUGGGGCAUGACAUGGCGCCAAUUUGUCCAGCUGGGACGAAGGGUCUGCUGAAAAAGAUGUUCAGUUUUGUUCGCAGCGUGGUGGCUGGGUGCGAGUUCGUCAGUUCGGGAAGCUAGGGCUCAAUUUCAGGGGAAGCUUAGACGACUCAUGGAGCGUUUUCGUUUGGUUGGUUGUGCGGUAUCUGCUGCCGGCAUUUGCUGAGUUGUCUGCCAUCGGCAGAAUUUGCUGACUGGGUUUUGUCGCAACGUUUCUGGCUAUGACAAGAGGUGCCUCUGUUUUUCAAUGACGUCGCGUGUGCGCCACCUCUUUGGGUUUGGUGAGCUUCCGUGCGAACCGUAAUAGUGCGAGGAAAUGAUGAUGGGUGUGAAGUGUGGGCGAGUGGUUUGAGUUGGCGGAACCCCUGUGUGGAUUGCGGUGCAGGCAUCCAGGGUGCGGGGGUGGCAAGCGAGUGGGUGCAAUGUCGGUGCUACGGGAGCGGGGGCUCUAGCCCGUUGGUAAUGUACAAGGAUAGUAUUCGGAGAGGCGAGUUGGAAUCCGGCAAUUUGGCGCAGGUGGUGGCAGCGAAUGGCGAGGUGGUACCAGCCCUCCGCGCAGUUGGGCAUAUACAUGCAUGGGAGCGUGGGAACCGGGAAGACAUUGCUGAUGGAUCUGUUCUACAAUCAAGUGCCUGUGCGCCGAAAGCGUCGCGUACACUUCCAUUCAUUCAUGCUGGAUGUGCAAAAACGACUGCACAAGUACGGGAGGGUCGACGACGCAGUUCGAUUGGUAGCAUGGCAACUGUUGGAGCAAUCUCGCGUGCUGUGUUUGGACGAGGUUGAGGUAACAGAUAUAGCAGACGCGCUGAUGCUGAAGCGGUUGUUCGAGGUUUUGUGGGCCAUGGGCAUCGUAGUGGUGGCGACUUCCAACUCAGCCCCAGAUCAGCUGUACGAAGACGGGCUGAACCGGCAGCUGUUCUUACCUUUCAUCCGCCGGCUAAAGGAGAACUGCAAUGUCUACAGUUUGAACACAAUGGAUGGGAAGGAUUAUCGGCGUCGUCACGCGUGGUCGGGACAUUUGUAUCAUUGUCCCGUCGCGGAAAAUGUCGACGGCAUCAUGGAUGAAUGGUUUUUGAAACUGACAGGAGUGGAAGGGACGGAUCAGCGGAUAGAGGGUUUCAUGGGGAGGUCUUUUCGCAUAUUGGCCGCGGAAGAUGUUGGAAGAGCUUCUUUUAGUUACUUGUGCAAGUCGGCAUUCGGAGCUGCAGACUACAUCGCAAUUGCUGAAAUGUAUUCCGUACUACUUCUGGACAGGAUUCCCAGACUUUCAGAUCCAAGCUGUGAGAACGAAGCCCGGCGUUUCAUCAACCUCAUCGACAUACUGUACGAAACCAACACCAUACUGAUAUGCUCGGCCGAGGUUCCGCCGGAUUCGCUGUUCUUUGAUCCUUUGCAAAGAUGUGUACUUGGGAGAGGACAUAGCCUGGACGCAACAGAAGAGAAAGGAAUUCGGAUUGUGGGCGAGGGAGGCAGUUCGGGCAGGUCAACGUUGAUGAUAGGCAACAUGGAAUGGAGUGCCACUGGAAGACAGGGCGCUUCAUUGGCAGACCUGACGGGGGCAAGUUUUACGAGGAAGGCAGCCCCUCGUGCCGUGUCUCGACUUGUGGAGAUGCAAAGUGACAUGUAUGUCGCAAGGGCCAGAAGCACUCACAUCCGAACCCGAUUGGCGGAAUUGGACCGCAUGGAUGUGGGGUCCAGAGGUGCACACUAGGGUCACUUAGAUGCAGUGAUAUAGAUGAAUUGUUUCUCGAGGGAAAACGUCUCACAGCGCCACAUUGCAUGCUCAUAGAAGCGAAGGUGUUCAUCGCGUGCAUGAACAAGGAGUCUUGUGAACAUGAUGAAAAUUGUGGAUGUCAUUGUGUGAGACAUCACUACGGUACUGUAUCAGCCAUUCAGACAACCAUUGGUAAUAUACUUGGAAGUGUGGUUGAAAUUA